AUGGCCAGCUUCCAAAUUGCAACUAAGGCCGAUCUGGCAUCGGUACUACCAGGCUUGUUGAUAGCACUCCACCUCCAGCAGGAGCAAACCUCCCUCCCAACUGUCUCUAAAAGCUUUCACGAUGGGGCUACUCUCCCCAGCAAAGAGGCGAUCCAAAUGACAUUAGGCGAUGGCAAGACUUGGUCUGGAAAGGCAAUUGUCCGCUAUCUUGCUGAACUAGCCAGCAGAAGUGACAGCAACACCAGCCCCCAGCGUGCAUCGUCUAUUCAAGAAUGGGUCGAUAAAAGUGAAAGCUUCUUUACGACGGACUUCAAGACUUUGCGCAAGUCCCUCUACGAACUGAACAAACACCUCACUUUGCGUAGCUUUAUCGUGGGUUACCACCUGACUGUUGCAGAUCUGGCCGUGUGGGCAACAAUCCGAGGCAAUCGGAUCAGCCACUCCUUGAUCAAGCAAAACCCAAUCCAGGAAAAUGUCCAUCGAUGGUACACAUACAUCGAAGAUUCAAACCCGUGGCUGUUGGAGGCAAUCGCGGAACUUACAAAUUUUGGAUCUAAGGAACGGGCCGCGGCUAGUGCUAUGGGGGCAAGUUACGAGAUCGAUUUACCCCAGGUAGACGGUCCUAUGGUGACUCGAUUCCCGCCCGAACCGUCUGGCUAUUUACACAUUGAAUCAAUGGAAUUCCAGGACGCCAUUUUGGAAGAUCUAAAGAUGAUGGCAGUCAUCAGUGUGUCAAAAAAAACUAGCGCUCUGUCUAGUUAUUUUCAGAAAAUGUAUGAGUAUGCCAUCCAACUAAUCAAAGCCGGAAAAGCAUUCGCGGAUGAUUCGGAAUUGGGUAGAGGAGAUGAGGAUCGAAAGAACCGACUUCCUUCCAAACGGCGAAAUCUUAGCAUAGAAGAGACUCUAGAACGCUUUGCCGACAUGAAAACCGGAUCUGAAGAAGGUCAGCGAUGGUGCCUUCGCGCAAGAAUCGCGUAUGACAGCCCUAAUGGAACUUUGAGGGACCCGGUUAUCUACAGGUGCAACCUCAUUCCGCAUCACCGAACAGGCAGACAAUGGAACAUAUACCCGACGUAUGACUUUUGUGCCCCGAUAUUGGACUCAAUCAAAAACAUCACUGUUGCAUUGCGUACAAACGAAUACCGUGACCGCAAUGUUCAAUACGAAUGGAUGCAAGAUGCUUUAGGCUUGUGCAAAGUACCCAUUUGGGAUUUCUCGCGGUUGAGUUUCAUUCGCACUGUCCUUUCGAAGAGAAAGCUGACAAGAAUUGUGGAUAAUGGGAAGGUAUGGGGAUGGGACGACCCUCGAAUGCCAAUGAUUAGAGGUAUCUUGAGGCGAGGCAUAACGGUCCCCGCUCUGCGCGAAUUUAUCCUCAGACAAGAGCCAAGCCGCAAUAUCCUUAACCUCGAGUGGGGUGCUUUAUGGGCCCUCAAUAAAAAAUACAUUAACCCGGAAGCUGCUCGUCACACAGCUAUCGUCCAAGACAAUACGACUUACUCUAGUGUAGCCACCAAGCCGAAAUACAUCAAAAAUCUUGACCUUGGCACAAAGAAAGUGGUAUAUGACAAGACAAUCCUCCUCGAGCAAGUUGAUGCCCAAAGCCUGGCAGAGAAUGAGGAGAUUGCCCUAAUGAAUUGGGGGAACGCCUAUGCACGUCGCAUAUAUCGAGCGGAGCAACCAGACGAGACGGGAAAGCACAAGGUCACUGCCAUAGAAUUCGAACAGCAUCUGGAGGGCGACGUCAAAAAGACGAAGAAGAAGAUUAGCUGGCUGGCAACUGUGAGCUCGAAUCUGAUCCCGGUCGACCUUGUCGGCUUCAAUUAUCUCCUCACGAAGGACAAGCUCGAGAAGGAGGAUAGGCUUGAGGAUUUCUUGGAACCAGAUACGGAAUUCAGGACGAGGGCUUUUGCUGAUUGCAAUGUGAGGGAUCUUUCGCGCGGGGCAAUCAUACGGUUUGAGCGCAAAGGCUAUUAUAAGCUAGAUGUGGAGUACAGGAGCGGAGAGGGAUCGAGGAUGGUGUUCUUCGAUGUUCCCUCUGGCAAAGCUUGA